AAUAAAAACAUUUUCAUUCUUGUGUUUUUUAUAAAAACCAAAAAAUUACAAUUUUUUUUUACGUCUUAUUCAGUGUCUCAUUGACACGGUACGUUUUGUGUUUGACUGCUCACGAGAACAUUGGGCGGUGCUUGCUGGUCGACGAACACUUUUUGACAAAUUAGGAUGGAGACUCAAUUAAUGCGCUAAAAUAAUAACGACACGUUAAAUUUGCGGUAUUUUAGAAGAAAUUCUGGCACUAUGCGCGAAAACAUGAAAACGACCAGGCGGGUUGGUUUGGUUAUGAGAAGUCUUGUUACCGCCCGCGCGGGUAAUUCCAUACAUAAAAAUGAGCCUAUGUGAAGACUGAAUGUGGGCGGGGUCUUACUUUAGCUCAGCCAAUCAAAAUACCCGGUCUGGAGCGCCCAUCAACGGUUGCAGUUCAAAUUUUAAAACGCCUUCGACGCCAACUUGAAGAAACACGGAUAGAUAUCGACUCAACCAAAAAGGAUUAAUGUCCCGUUUGCCAGUCAUGUCGAAGAGGGUGCUAGGAAGCGUAGAGAACGCUCGCGACCUGCAGCCUGCUCAGAAGAAGGCCCGCAAGGAGCCAGAAGUCAUCCCAAAGCGAGCUGCUGCCACCGUCGUGGGCACCAGGCGGGCACCCGUUGCAGCAACCAGGGCAUCAAUUUCUAGGCCGACUAGAGUUGCAGGCACUGCGACCGUGGCCGCCGCCCCCUCCAGAGGUGUCUUUAAAGCUCCUGUGGCAUCCACCACAGCAAAAGGAGGCAAAAUGACGGUGGGAGUGGCUGCCACGGACCCAAAAGCAGGCACUGGCGGCGGACCCACCCGUAGGCAACCUUGGGACAUGAGAGGGAAAGUUAGCGACAUGAAAGGGAAGCUCCAGGACUAUCAGAUCAAGAUGAAAACUGUCAACCAGGAAAGAGAUGUCCUGAAAAGCUCCCUUGCUGAUUUCCAAUCUAGGAAGGCUAAGAUUGAGCGGGAUCUCGGCGAGUGCCGGGAAAGACUCCAGGUCCUCGUUGGUGUUGAGGAAGAGUUGGCGAGGGUCUCCAGUGAGAAGAAAACCCUGGAGACCGAGCACAAAAAUCUGGAAGACAAACACAGGGUCCUGCAGACACUGUGGGACAGUCAGAAGGUGGAGCUUGAAACCGUCAAGAUGCAGCUGUCAGUGCAAGAUUCAAGCCUGCGAGCAGCCAAUGAGGAGCUGGGCUUCCUCAGGGAAACGACGGCACGGCAGAAAGACAAGCUACACUCAGCUGAGAUGGAGCGACGGCAGCUCCACAAUACCAUUCAGGAGCUCAAAGGAAACAUCAGGGUCUUUUGCCGGGUGCGUCCCCUGGUUAACGGGGGGCUCGGAAACCACAUUCAGCUCCCCGCUGAAGACAAGAAGGAAAUAAAGCUAGCUAAAACGGAAGAGUCUCAUACUGGCAAGAGUGCCGACACGCAGAAAAACUAUAGCUUCAGUUUCGACCAUGUCUUUGGCCCAGACGCAACCCAAGAGGAGAUAUUUGAGGAGAUCUCCCUACUGGUGCAGUCGGCACUGGAUGGAUACAACGUGUGCUGCUUCGCCUAUGGCCAGACGGGGAGUGGCAAAACAUACACCAUGGAGGGAGCCGUAGAUUGCGACGAGAACCUCCGUGGUGUCAUUCCCCGAGCUGUGGAGCAGAUUUUUCGGGCUUCCCAGAAGCUUGCGGAACAAGGCUGGGAGUUUUCCUUCACGGCCAGCUUUGUGGAGAUUUAUAACGAGUGCCUCCGUGACCUGCUGUACAAGGGCAAGGCCGGCAACAGACCCGAACAUGAAAUACGCAUGUCUACAAGCAAUCAGCCGAGUAUCACCAAUCUCACAUACCAAAAAGUCACCAGUGAAGACCAGGUCCUACGCUUGAUCGCCUUGGCCAAUCAAAAUCGCUCCACAGCCCAGACGUCCCAAAACGACCGAUCAUCCCGCUCGCAUUCCGUUUUCCAGUUGAACAUCGAAGGGGUGAACACCGGCAGGGAUGUCAAAUGCAGUUCUACCCUGUGCUUGGUGGACCUGGCUGGAAGUGAGCGCAUGGUGAAGAGCCAAUCUCAGGGCGAACGCUUUAAAGAGAUGAAAGCAAUCAAUGGCUCAUUGACCAACCUGGGCAUUGUUAUCACUGCACUGGCCUCCAAGGAUAGCCACAUUCCUUACAGGAACUCAAAGCUAACCUACAUGUUGCAGCCUUGCCUGGGCGGGAACAGCAAAACCUUGAUGUUUAUCAACAUUGCACCUGAGCCGGACAGCUUUGGCGAGACUCUCAAUUCACUGAGAUUUGCCAGCAAGGUAAACAACUGUGUCAUCGGCACGGCCAGCGCCAACAGGAAAUAGAUUCUUAAAAGAAUUCUGCCAUGACCAUUCCCUUUUAUAUAUAGCUAAGGUUUUGUAACCAGCUGUAAUUGACAGCGGUACACUGCCAAUAAUUUCAAGACUACAAUCAACCUGGUGAAAUAUGCCUUUGUUCUAAUAAAAUUAUUUCUCUCAGUGGUUUUCAUUUAUUUUA